UGGAAUUAUCUUCCCCCUUCCCCACUAGCUUUUCUGCACUUCUUUAACUUGCAACGCCCUCUUCUUAGGAAAAAUUCCCCGCUUUCUUCCCUAACAAAUUCGCUUUGAACACCAAAGACACCACGUAGAAGCGGGACGUUCUGGCACUGCGCUGAAAUCGAACGCGGCAGGCGGGGAGAGACCAUCAAUAUCGCACGCUCAUUGGUCCAGUUCGGCAAAUGGAUCAACCUCGGAGGCGGAGUUUCAUUGUCCAGCUCAGGCGCUCAUAGGUGCGCUUGAUCUGUUUCGCGGCGGUGUUGCAUAGAUCUACGUCUGACCGCUCGAGCAACGGGAUCUUGAGCGAGCGUUCCUAAGGAUCUUGUUGAGAGCAUUACAAAAACGGAAGCUCAUCAGCGACCUGGUUUCUUUGAGAAAAUUAUUCUGGGAGCUUUGGAAGGAAAAAAUGGCUGGGAAAAAAGUGUUAAUCAUCUAUGCCCAUCAAGAGCCCAAGUCAAUGAAUGGGUCUUUAAAAACCAUUGCAGUGGAAGAACUGACUAAGCAAGGCUGCAGUGUUACUGUUUCUGACCUAUAUGAAAUGCAGUUUGAACCUCGAACAACAAGGAAGGAUAUAGUUGGCAAUUUACAUAACCCAGAAGAGUUUAAUUAUGGAGUCGAGGCCUGGGAAGCUUGCAAACAUGGGUGCCUCUCUGAAGAUUUGAUUGAGGAGCAGAGGAAAGUAAAAGAGGCUGACUUGGUGAUAUUCCAGUUUCCUUUAUAUUGGUUCAGCAUGCCAGCAAUCAUGAAAGGCUGGAUGGACCGAGUCUUGGUCCAAGGAUUUGCACAUGAUUUCCCAAAAUGUUUCGACUCUGGUCUACUCAAGAAUAAAUUGGCCUUACUUUCAUUUACCACUGGAGGAGACAAGGGGAUGUAUUCAAAAGGGGGUGCCAGUGGCGAUAUCCGUUAUCUUCUGUGGCCUAUGCAGCAUGGAAUUUUGCAUUUCUGCGGCUUCAGCAUCCUCACCCCACAGAUCUGCUAUGCACCAGAAUCCAUGACAGAGGAUGAGAGAGUGCAGAUACUGUCUUCGUGGAUGAAACGGCUGAGGACCAUCUGGGAGGAGAAACCAAUAAAGUGCACUCCGGAGUGGUACUAUCAGUAACACUUGAGCAGAAAUGUCAAGAGAUGCAAAUAUUCCUGCCCACCUCAUACACAUCAUUUUUCCUCUUCUGCUUUCCUUCGACUUCAUUAUCAUCCCUGCUCAUUGUUGCAUGAAAAAAAUGAGUCUCAGAUAAUGGUUUCUGUAUAAGCCAUUCCUUGUUUAGGAAAACUCAUUUCCCUGACUUCAGGACUAUGGCAAAGAAAAAAGAGAAAGAAAAAUCAAAACUUCAGUGACAAAGAAAACAGUAUUUUUGGUGCUGUGAAGUAUGCUUGCAGCAUUGUUUCUUGACUUCGGAGUUUCUCUUGACAAUCUGUGGGCUAAAGUACCAAAAGGGGUCAGAAUAGAUCCAAACAGAGGGUUUUUAUCUUUUUCCUGCAGCUUCUGCUAAAGGAAUAUCCUUUUUGGUUAGUGUUUGGUUUUGUGCUUCCAUAUGAGUUGUUGGCACACAAGAAUUGCUCAUGGACUAUUCUUCAAUAUAAGAAGAAUAUCAAUACUAUUCUUCAAUAAAAGUAUCAAACCUGUGUCCUAGACAUUAUCGAGCUCUUACUAGGCAGGCGUCUGGCUCUACGGCCUUCUUAUUGCUCGUUCCUAGGCUCUGGAUCUCGCUGCUGACAGAGGCUGAGCUGGCACAAGAUUGGGGAAACCAAAUCCAACCCUCUUUUAAUUGAAAGUUCCAUUCUUUUCAAAUAUCUUUGUGAUGGAAUGGAACCACUUAGAAAUGAAACAAAAAAGUACUAAGUUUUUGAAAAUAUUUUCAGCCAUAAAGCAUAAUCCCAUGUCAAACAUACAAUGUUCAUCUUAAGUGUAUUUACUUUGCUCCACUUUGGCUCAAAUACAAAGAUGCUCAUCUGC